CUCUAGUACAUAACAGAAGUGGCGAACUUUUCAUAUCACUAGCACCGCAAUAUUGCCGACCUCGUCGCCACCAGUUUCGAUUCCGAUCGGCACGAUCGUUCGUGCUAUUCGUGCAACGUAAUUGAACUUCAUAUUGUAUUAUAACUUCGGUUCCUCAAGUCAUUCCAAUUCGAUACUUGAUUCCGGUCAGUUUGAGUUAUACUGUUGUUGCGAAUUAUAACUGCAAAGUCGUGUAGUGUGUAGAAAUUAGAAAUUGACUUUAGUCAGUAACAAAAAACUCUUCCUCUUCUUUCUUUUACAUUUACGGGCUUCAAUGGUCCAGUAGUGUUUCUUUCUGAAGAGAAGAAAUUUCCAUUGCUGAUCAUCCGCUCGCUCGUAUAAUCGUCCAUUCGCAUUUCUAAUACAUUUUGUGCCUUUUCAUCUCUGCAUUUAUUCUCGUAGUCGUUGUCGACGACUCAUGAAGAAAUUAUACAUCUUCUCGGUCAUAUAAAAGUGCAAAAAUCACAAUCGCGAUUACUUUUAAUAGAAUAAAUAGAAAUACUUAGUGCAUUCUAAAUCUGUGAUACAAAUUUCGAAGUAAUAUUAUUGGCAAACAUACGUACGAACUAAGACCCGUCAGUAUCUUCUGCUUGAAUGACUACGAAAGUUAUUGGUUGACCGUGAUUUUGGAGUUACACGUAUAACAUCAAUACAGACACCAAUCCAGCAGGAAGCGGCAAAAUGGAACAAGAAAAGAUUGAACAAAUCACCGCUAAUGCGGAUGAACCCUUUCUGGGACCGCUAGAUAUAGUCAUCCUUAUUACUUUACUCACCGGCGCAGUAUAUUGGUUGUAUAGGAAUAAGAAGAAAGAGGAGCCAGUUACUAGAUCAUAUUCCAUACAACCAACAACCAUCAACACAGUUUCAGUAACGGACAAUUCAUUUAUUAAAAAAUUAAAAGCAUCAGGACGUAGUUUAGUUGUAUUUUAUGGAUCUCAAACUGGAACUGCUGAAGAAUUUGCUGGACGUUUAGCCAAAGAGGGAAUUCGUUAUCAAAUGAAAGGAAUGGUUGCUGAUCCGGAAGAAUGUGAUAUGGAAGAACUCCUUAAGCUUAAGACAAUUCCGAAUUCGUUGGCUGUUUUCUGUUUGGCCACAUAUGGUGAAGGUGAUCCAACUGAUAAUGCUGUUGAAUUCUAUGAAUGGAUUCAAAAUAGUGAUCCCGAUAUGAGCGGUUUGAAUUAUGCUGUUUUUGGUCUAGGUAAUAAAACCUAUGAACAUUACAACAAGGUAGCUAUCUACGUAGAUAAACGUUUAGAAGAAUUAGGCGCAAACAGAGUAUUCGAAUUAGGUCUCGGUGACGACGAUGCGAACAUUGAAGAUGAUUUCAUCACAUGGAAGGACCGAUUCUGGCCAGCAGUGUGUGACAACUUUGGCAUCGAAGGAGGCGGCGAAGAAGUCCUUAUGAGACAAUACAGACUGCUGGAACAGCCUGAUGCUCAACCUGAUCGAAUUUACACUGGUGAAGUGGCACGUCUUCACUCACUACAAAAUCAACGACCACCUUUCGACGCGAAGAAUCCAUUCUUGGCUUCAAUCAAAGUUAACCGUGAACUACAUAAGGGUGGCGAUCGCUCGUGCAUGCAUAUUGAAUUCGACAUUGAAGGGUCGAAAAUGCGAUAUGAAGCUGGAGAUCAUUUAGCUAUGUAUCCUGUGAACGAUAAGGAAUUAGUGGAAAAGAUUGCAAAAUAUUGCAACGCGGAUUUGGAUACAAUUUUCUCGUUAGUGAAUACAGAUACGGAAAGUAGCAAGAAGCAUCCAUUCCCCUGUCCUACUACUUAUCGAACAGCGUUAACUCAUUACUUGGAAAUCACUGCUAUUCCAAGAACGCAUAUCUUGAAGGAAUUGGCUGAAUACUGUUCAGAUGAGAAAGAAAAGGAACUCCUUAGACAUAUGGCAUCUACAACCCCAGAAGGAAAAGCCAAAUAUCAAUCUUGGAUUCAAGAUGCAUGUAGAAAUAUUGUGCAUAUUCUUGAAGACAUCAAAUCGUGUAAACCUCCAAUUGACCAUUUAUGUGAAUUGUUGCCAAGAUUGCAGCCACGUUACUAUUCAAUUUCAUCAUCAGCUAAGCUUCAUCCAACAACUGUUCACGUGACAGCUGUUCUUGUAAAAUACGAAACCCCAACCGGUCGUAUUAACAAAGGUGUGGCGACUACUUUCCUCGCUCAAAAGCAUCCUCACGAUGGGGAGCCGUUGCCUAGAGUGCCUAUCUACAUUCGUAAGAGUCAGUUCCGUCUGCCUACUAAACCGGAAAUUCCUAUUUUGAUGGUUGGGCCCGGCACUGGAUUGGCUCCAUUCCGUGGUUUCAUCCAGGAGAGGCAAUUCUGCAAAGACGAAGGCAAGGAAGUUGGGGAGACAAUCCUGUACUUCGGUUGUAGAAAGAAGAGCGAAGAUUUCAUUUAUCAAGAGGAGUUGGAAACUUACGUUAACAGCGGUCUGUUGACGAUGAAGGUAGCUUUCUCGCGGGAUCAGGCACAUAAAAUUUAUGUCACUCAUCUCUUAGAACAAGACGCGGACCUAAUCUGGAAAGUGAUUGGCGAGAACAAAGGUCAUUUAUACAUUUGUGGUGACGCGAAAAAUAUGGCGACAGACGUUCGAAAUAUUCUCCUUAAGGUGAUAUCAAGCAAAGGAAAUAUGAGUGAAACUGAAGCGCAACAAUUCAUCAAGAAAAUGGAAACACAAAAACGUUACUCCGCCGACGUAUGGAGCUAAUCGUAGCCACAUCUUCGCAUCAACUCCCAGCUUUGUUUGUUUGCUCGGUUAGAUCGAUUGGCAAACAGCAUUCCUUCAAUCGAAUUAGGAACAUUGUUUUUAUAAUUAAAGAAAUUUAAAUUAAAUAUUCAACUAAGUAAGAAAGAGAGAAAAGAAGAUCGAUUGUGUGAGAACGCGGAUACCUAAUACCAGUCGUGGCGGCUACAUACACUACCGUUAACGGUGUGCCUUCGUUUUAUUUCACAUCUGGAAUUGUCGGGCACUCGCACUUUUCCCGCUUGAACAAAUCUGAAGUGAGUGAAGAUUGAUGGUUAGAAUUACUCGGUUCAGAGUUUUUUAGAUUAAAAUGAGAAAAUAAAAUGUAAGCAGAAAAUGCAAUUUGUACCCAGUGUCAAUAUGUCUUGUAUGUAGAGUCGUCUUUAUUUUUAUUAUUUUUGUCUGCUACUGUUCUUUACUUUGUUGAUCAGCGGAUUAUUUUUGGUUUCUUCAAAGUUUUUCUUGACACUACUUUGUUGUUAUUUACGUAGUUGCAAAUUGAUCAGAAAGUUUACUUUGGCUCGUGCGUUCUUUUUUAAUAUAAAACUUUUCUAGUUAAUUCUUAUGAUUAUAAUUUUAAAGUGAGGGAUUUAAUAUAUUGUAAUGUGGAGACAAUGUGCAAAUGUGUAUAAAUACAAUUUUCUAGAAAAAUGA